ACAAGUUUUUUAUUGUCAAAACAAUAUGUAAUCAAUUUAAGCAUAAAUUAAAGUGAAUAAGUUAUGUAUAACAUUCUAAUAACUAUAAAAUAACGUGCGUAGCUCAUUACUUUGAACAUUUUUUUUUCAAAUAAUAUCGGUGAUGUAAGAUCGCCGAAGGUGAUUCAUUGUUUUGAUUUUUCUGGGACCAUCCCAAAGUUUACCAUGGAGACAGAAGGCGGAUAUUUUGGUAAUCAUGAAAAAGAAGAGAACGGGAGUAGUUCCCAUUCUACUCCUCAAGAACAUAGGUCUUUUGCGGAGUUUGCGAAAGACAAGUUGGACAGCGCUGGAAGGGAGUUGAGGAGGCGCCUGCCUAUGGCCGGGCAGCUCGGAGCUCACCUCAUGCAUCCCAGGAGACUGCUUCUGCACUCAACGCCCACACAACAAACUGAUGUUGUGCUAAUUUUCCCUAAAGGUCUACCUGACAGUAUGCUAUUGUGGUUACUUCAAAAGCUCCGAGGAAGUAGACCUCGCCUGCGGGUGUGUGUGAGACAACAUGCCUCAUCACAAUGUUCGGCGUUUUACAUCACAGCUGAUGAUGAUGUUUUAUUGCAAACAGCAGAAGAAGUUCAUCUUCCAAAGUUGUUGAAACCUGAAUUUGGUGGGGGAUACAAAGAGUUCACUGUUCGGGACAUGCAUUGCUUUCAAGGGGGCACUUCAGCAUCGGAGCUUUUGAAUUCACAAGAGAGAGGAGCACUAGUCAAGCAUAUAUUGGAAGCAGCAAGAGCGGAGGCUGGUGAUGAACAUGCAUUAGAACCAGCAUUGACAUUACGACUUGGCCAGAGUAUAGUGCCGGCGUGUGUGAGUCGUGGGGUCGUGGCGAGCAUGUUUCCACUACACGAUAGAGCAAAAUUGGAGAGUCUACGUAAGAAAUGGGUCAAAACAUUCUUUUCACCUCAACCACUAGAUGAAAUAAGUGAAUAUUUUGGUGUUAAAAUAGCUAUGUAUUUUGCAUGGCUCGGUCACUAUACUCAAUCUCUAACUGUGCCAGCUGUAGUUGGGUUCAUAUUUUGGGUGUGGCUUGGCACUGCGAAUGAUUAUUGGAAGGACAUAGCAUACGUUUUGUUCUCACUUUUCAACGUUUUAUGGGCUUGCGUUUAUUUGGAGACAUGGAAAAGAUAUUCCAAUGUGUUGGCGUACAGAUGGGGUACUUUGGACCAAAGAGACGAAUUGCUAGUGGAACCGCGUCCAUUAUUUCAGGGCGAGAUGGGCACGUCAGCGGUGACGGGUCGGCCGGAGCCGCAGUACGCGGCAUGGCGGCGACGCGUGUGGCGGCACUGCGUUUCCGUGCCGCUGAUGCUGCUGUGUCUGUGUGUGGCCGCGCUCGCGACAUUUGCGCUGCUGCGGGCUCAGGACUGGUGGGAAAACACGCUGGUAUACUUCGCUUGGGUCCCGCGGGCGAUGCUCGCUAUUGUUAUAGCGGUCGAGGAGGAAGUGUAUGCACGGAUAGCGAGAUGGUUGAACGACAAGGAAAACUACCGACUCGAGACAAAGUAUGAAAAUCAUCUGAUUGUGAAAAUAGCAUUGUUCCAGUUCGUAAACUCUUUCAUGAGUUUAUUCUACAUAGCGUUCUAUCUGCAGGAUAUGGAUAAAUUAAAAGAGCAACUGGCCGUUCUGUUGAUCACGAGACAGAUAAUCGGCAACCUGAAGGAGUCAGCCCUGCCCUACCUCAUUGAAAACCUGCGACUGGCGAAGAUCUGUGUUGAUGUAUUCGGAGCGAUCAGUCCAAGUAAAAUUCCAACAUCCACACAACUGACGGAGCUGUUCGAUAAGAAGACGUCCUCGUCCGGGGACGCGCCAGAGUUGAACAAGGAGGACAGGCGGGACUCGGAGCCCGCUGUGGGACAGAAGGUCAUACACCAGGCUGAGCUGGAGUCCCAGCUGUUUAAGUAUGACGGCACGUUCGCGGAAUACCUGGAAAUGCUGACGCAGCUGGGCCACGUGCUGCUGUUCUCGGCGGCGUUCCCGCUGGCGGCGCUGUGCGCGCUGCUCAACAACGCGGCCGAGGUGCGCGCGGACGCGUUCAAGCUGUGCCACGUGGCGCAGCGGCCGUUCGGCCAGCGCGUCGCCAGUGUCGGCAGCUGGCAGCACGCGAUGGAGGCGAUGGUGGCGGUGGCGGUGCUGGUGAACUGCGCGCUGAUUGGUCUCUCCGGGCCCGUGCACCGCCUCCUGCCAGACGCCACGCCCGCUCAGACUGUGCUUAUCAUCGUCGCGCUAGAGCACGUAGUAUUGGUGAUAGUGUUGGCGCUGCGGCUGGCGAUCCCCGAGAUCCCCGCGUGGCUGGCCACUGAAAUGGCCAAGGUCGAGUUCCAGCGACGAGAGGCCAUCAAGAAUGCGCAUGCGCCGCUAUUAUCUUCCUGUACAAGCGGGGACGAUGUGCUUCCCGGUAGCGGUAUCGCGAGCGGAGCGGGCAGCGGGGCGACGAGCGGGGCGGGCACGGGCGCAGGGGCGGGGCGGGGUACGCCCACCACGCCCAAGCCGCAGUCCCCGCCCGGUGUAGACCGCAAGAAGAUUACCAUGAAGAUACCUGAGAUACCGCCAUUCCGACCGAAAGCCGCGUCGAUUACCGAGACGGCUGUAUCUACUGGUUCUCUUCAAAUUCUCCCAGACGUCAGCCCGACGAAGCCUUUGCGUAGAAAGGAGGUGGCGCCCGCCGGCGCGCUAUCGCUACUCGGCGUGCGCGGGCUACGCGACGAACCGCUGCAUCGCUCCGCCCACUGCAUACCCAACCCGCACCCGGCUCGCAUAGCGUUGAAUCCGACGUUGCAGGAGUUGUCAGGCAGCGUGAGCGCGGGCGGGUCGGAGCCGGACCUGAACGCGGUGCCGUCGGCCGCGCCGUCUAUAGACGCCAGUGCCACAUCGAGUGAAGACGAUAAGCCCAAGGACAAGAGCGCAGGACGGUCGCGGGCGCGAGCGGCGCUGGUGAAGCGCGUGCGGUCUGUGGCGGUGUUCUCGCUGGGGCUGCGGCGCGCGCGAGAGGCGGCCGCCGAACGUACCAUGCAUGUACCCACGCCAGACCGACACGUCUCGCCCGGUCCACCAGCACCGAUGCUUGGCGGCGAGCUGUCACUCAUACCGAUAGAGCAAUUGAUACAGGUGGACGACGUCAAGCCCAGACCGACUUAAGCGUUAACAUUCCCCUACUAUUCACUUUUUUAUUAUGAUGCUCCCUCACCAGGAGCAUUCGCUUGUAACGUUACA